UCCUGCCAAGAAAGACAGAACCUACUAGCUGCUUUAACCUUCAGAGACUUUAAAAAAAAAAAAUUGAGAGCAGCGAAAAUAGCCAACAGACUUGUAAAGGGGUGUAGCAAUGGCGAUUUAAAAAAAUCUCAGCCCUACACUACUGUACUGAGUUGUAAGGACCCUGGUUCAUUUAAUAUGGCGGCGCCCAGUACGAGUUUUAACUGUGAGGACUUCUCGGAGUUUCAGGAAACACUCAGGCUGAUGCGAACCAUAGAUGACCGAAUAAUCCAUAAAUUAAACACCACACUUCCCACCGUUUCAUUUGAAGGGAAGGUUGAUGCUACUGAAACAUGUAAACAACUUCAUGACUCUUUAAUGGAGGCUCACAGCAGUCGAGAUAAAGCCAUUAAAACUUGUAUAGCCCAGACGUCUUGUGUAGUAAGCCAACUGCGAGGGGAAAGGGAGAAGGACGCUGACAAUUUAACACUAAUAAAGCAACUCAGGAAAGAGCAAACCAAGGUAAAGCUUCUGCAGUCAGAACUGAAUGUUGAAGAGGUGGUCAAUGAUAGAAGUAUAAAGGUGUUUAACGAGCGCUGCCGGGUUCACUAUAAACCCCCAAAGAGCCAGUGACCGAAGGGUUAAAGAGGCUGCAGCCGAUUGUACCAGCAAAUGACAUAACGUGGAAUCAAGUUAUUGCGCAGUGGACCAUGGUCAUCUAAUAGACAGUAUUCAUCUCCUCAAGAUAAAUUAUUUUACCACCACAAGUCAAAUUCAGAUUUUAUAACAAUGAAAUAAGUUUUGAACAGCAACUUUGUUAUUCCAUUCUGUGUCCAUGUGAAAGUAUUGGCAGAUGGUUUUCAAUGAGGAAAUGUACCUUUGGGCAUCUUCUCAAGCCCUCUUUUUAAUAAAAUAGAUCAACAAAAUCAGGCACAUCCUGUUUGCUGCUGAGAAGUGAAUGCAAUUAAUGAUAUGUCUGUAGAGACAGUGUUGUCCAUAUGGGUUAUAUGGUGGUUUCCUGGCUUGUUUCUUCAGGGAAGUUGCAAAAAUACAUUGACCGUGUUCCCUAUGAAUCAUCAGUCAUUUUUUAAGUCUUGGAUGCAGAAGCAUCCAUCAACCAAAUGAAUGAAGCAUUCCUUGUGCCACUGCAGAAUGAGCUGCUUAUCUCUGGGACUAUGUGUUUCACAAACUGUAAAUAACAAAAGUGUAAUGUACUGUACUCCCUAGAGGAAUGCAUUGGGAGCUCUUGCCAUUGACUUUUUAACCCGUAACUCCUAACCACUAAAAAAAGUGGGCAUUUGAAAAGGGCUCUGGGUCCACAGGACCCGUGGACAGCAGUUACGGGUUAAAAUGGAAAUCUGGCAUCUGAUUGGCUUUGCUCAUUUUAACUGUAUUUCCAACGUGUCUGAAUGGGGGAUAUGGAAUAAACACAGUUGAGUGGUGGCUGUUUUUCAUUUUUCGCUUUACAUUUUUAUAAAAUCCUGCAAACUGAAAUUAAAACUGAUUUCCUUAAAAUUGUAGUAAACGUUGACCUC